AUGGAAUGGCACCCUAUACUACUAAGCCCUGAAGGCACCCUAGGCAUCGUUGCCCUUGGGGGAGCUGGGUGUAUCCAUCAGGAUUCCAGCUGUAGUGACAAAGUUAUCAAGGCACCAAGAAAACACAACAGCGAAGACUGCAGCCCGGAGGUCAUCGAAUCUGUUCAAGAGACAGAAGAGUUUUCAGAGCUAUGCAUCAAUCGCGAGAAACUCGUCUACCAAACCCUCCCAAAAGACCAUCCUAAUAUCUUGAACUGCCUUGCUAUUACAGAGAUUGGAAUUCAGUUCCCCUAUUUACGACACGGGAAUGUGCGAAGCUACCUCCAAAAGCAUCCACAGAAUUUGGAUGCCGAAAUCCGAGAUCGAUGGGUUAGAAACGCUGUUGAUGCUAUUGCCACUGUCCAUGAAUAUGGUGCCAUCCACUCUGAUAUCAGUGCACGUAACUUUCUCGUGGCUGAUGACCUUUCAAUUCAACUGUGCGACUUCGCCGGAUCGAGUAUCAAUGGUCUCGAGUCCUUAGUGGAAGAAGAAACUCGGUACCUAUCGUCUCCAUCAUCUUCGUCAGUUUCGUCGCCUCGGACUAUUAAGACCGACCUAUUUGCCCUCGGGUCUUUUAUCUACGAAGUCUCUACCGGUACAAGCCCUUUUGCCGAGAUUAAUAAUAAAUAUGUUGCGAGACUUUAUGCUGCGAAAGUCUUCUCAAGCCUCAAUGGACUUCAAUACCAGGAUAUUAUCUCCAAAUGCUGGAAUUCGCAGUACUCUUCCGUUGACAUGCUCAGGAGAGAUAUUCAACAUCGCAAACAUUCUACCAAAAGUUUCGGAUGGAGCGGCGGUCGUUUCUAG